GGGUGAUAGAACCGAAAUCCCAGCGACGGCGGUGGCGGUGGGGAAUCCAGUCCCUACCGGCUACCGAUCCGCCGCGUCCGAUCGGCCUCUCCAUACUGGGAUCGCAAAUAUUGGGCAUGGAUCAAGAUUGCGAUGGCGCAAACCAUGGCGGCACAGAAGAGGAAAGGGCACUGAAUGGUAUGGCAGAUAAACUUGAGAAUGCUGAUGACAUGGUUGAACAAGAGGAAAGCUCAGGCAGCGCGCCAAGCCCAUUAUUCUUAGGCACAAGGCCGAAAAGGCUGCGAUCAAAGGUGUGGGAUGACUUCACACCCAUCUACAUCGACGGGAAGCUUGCGAGGGCUGAGUGCAUGCACUGCCACCAAGUUUUCAACAGCAACAGCACCAAUGGCACUAGUAGGCUGCUAAAGCACCAGGCCAAGUGCAGCCCCCAUCCCCAGAAAAGGCCAAUGCAACAGAAGCUUCCGUUUCCGCCAUCCAGCCAGAAGAGUCUCAUGGAACCCAGUUCUGAUCCGACACAGAAGAAGCUCCCAUUCUUGCCGAUCAGCCAAAAGAGAUGCUCAGGUACAGACGAUGCGAUGCCUCACAGGAAGGAUCCUGCCUUGCCUAACACCCUGAAUGACAUAAACCGGAGGAGUCAAGAGAUUGGCAAGAGUUUAGCUCGUAAGAAACUCGCAACACGUGAGCAGAAGAAUCCUACCUCGCCUGACAUCACUAAUAAUGAUCAGAAGGAUCAAUGGGAUGAUGAACACCCAGUGCUUAAACAGAAGUGCACUCCUGCUGGCACGAAUCUGAAGAAUCCUGAGGUUGAUCAGAAUGGACUCAUCCAGACAUUGGCAAUGUGCGGGUACCUUCCAUUGAUGAUGCACAAUGAUAGUUUUAGGAAGUGUGUUCCUUGCUUCGAUUCUAUGGGGAAGAUGCCAGCGAACACUAACAUUGGUGGUGGCUUUCUGCAACUGUUUGACAAAGAAAAGGCUAAGGUGAAGGAGAAGUUUUCUGCUUUGAGCAGUCGGGUUUGCUUGAGUGCUCAUGUGUGGCACUAUGAUCCAUUCUUGGCCUUUUUGUGCCUAAGUGUUCAUUACAUUGAUGAUGAAUGGGAGAGACAGCAGAAGAUUAUCACAUUUCGUGAAACUAGGAAGGUAGCCCGCGUUAAUACGCGGGCAUGCGUCGUACACUAAGUUUGAGACACUUGUAAGAGCGAAAUAUUAACCGAAGAACAUCUAUCACGAUUUCUCCGUUAAUUGUUUUAGUCGGCAUUAAUUGCUUUUAUAAUUUUUU